AUGAGCCCUCCAAUUUUUAACAUUAUCCGGUUCCCAUUUGUGCUCAUUUCCUCUGCUCCGGACUCACAGAGGGCUCGUAGCUUCAUCUCUGCCCGUCUCCACUGA